GGAUGGCGGAGCCGCAGGGCGCCGCGAGCGGAGACGUGUCGCUUCACAACUUCAGCACAAGGCUCUGGGAGCAGCUCAUCCACUUCCACGUCAUGCGGCUGACAGACUCGCUCUUCCUGUGGGUGGGGGCAACGCCGCAUCUACGAAACCACGCAGUGGCCAUGUGCAGCCGCCACGACCCCAUCCCUGUGUGCACCUCCCUUUUCGGAGACACUUCUGACGCGACCUCCUCUGGCCUUGCCCAGUGCUUAGCCAGGAAGACCAGUAAACAGGUGUUUGUCAACUACAACCUCUCCAACACAGACAGCAACUUCACGUUAUUUGUAGAAAACAGGAUCAAGGAAGAAAUGGAGACGUUUCCCGAGAAGUUCUGAGUGGCAGAGGGAAGAGUGUGUAACUUGUGUAUAAAUUACAUUUCAAUAAACAGGUUGGGUUUUGUCU